UAAAAAUCUUUUUUUUUAACUAAGGAAAUAACAUUUGCUCAUAACUUUUAUGUUGAAUAAUCGAAAUAAAUUGUAACAAAACUUCUCACACCUCACGAUACUCCUCUUAUGUGUUAACAUUUGUGAAAAAUAAAACAUAACCUCAACACCAUUACCAUGGCGGCAGCUUACGGAAUUCAUGUGGGUAACAGUUCGGCUUGUUUAGCUUCAUUCAACAACGGAACAGCUGCCGUCAUCGCCAACGACGCAGGAGACAGAGUCACGCCAGCAAUUCUUGCCUUGAACGGCACAGAAUGGGAGAUUGGAUUGCCCGCGAAAGCUGGUCAACCUAACUCCAAGUCCAGUAUCAAAAACAAUAAACGGCUGAUAAACUGCGACUGGAAUGAAGACGACCUCGCGUGCGUCGAAGGAACCUCGUCGUGUAGCAUCAUCAAUGACGAGAGACUAGUAAAGUAUGAAUUUACUACCAGUGAAACCACAGUCUAUGCCACUCCUGAUGAUAUAGCAACUAAAAUUUAUGCUAAGCUGUUCACUAAUGCCAGUCACUCUAUGAGGACUGAAGGCGAUUUGAAGUUGGUGCUUGCUGCACCCCUGCACUGGCCAGAGAGUAGCAGGCAGAGGCUGGCCAAGUGUGCAGAGUUGUCCGGCUUUGAUGUUGUUCAAGUGAUCAGUGAACCAGCUGCAGCCCUGUUGGCUUACAACAUUGAAGAGUCAUCUGAAGAUGUGAAUGUACUAGUGUACAGGCUUGGAGGGUCCACAUGCGAUGCAUCAAUUGUCAAAGUCUCUGGAGGCUUCAUGACGGUAGAGAAAAACAUUUUCAGAUCAGAUUUAGGAGGACACUGCCUCACAAGAGAUCUAGCUGAUUUCAUUGCUCAGGAAUUCAGACAAAAGUGGAAACUGGACCCGAAGGAGAGCCGCCGCGCGAUGGCCAAACUGCAGAAUCAUGCCGACAACUGCAAGCAUGUGCUGUCCACACUGAACUCCGCCCACGUCUUCAUUGAGUCAUUGCUGGAUGGAGUUGACUGGAGCCAAAAUGUAUCCCGUGCAAGAUUUGAGAACAUUAUCUCAUCUAAAAUCUCCUCUUACAUUGAGCCAGCACAAAAAGUGCUUGAAGGUUUUGAGGGGAAAAUUCACAAAAUAGUUCUAUGCGGAGGCAGUAUGAAGAUACCCAAGUUGCAAUCUGCUAUUGCUAAUCUUCUUCCUGAAGCCGAGUUGCUGUCAGGUAUCAACCCAGAUGAGGUGAUUGCUGUGGGGUGCGCCCGAGAAGCUGGAUUGCUCCUGGACUUGCCAGAGUUUGCCCUGAAAGAUGUCAACACUGAUGUAGAAUUCCUGGGUAAAGAUAUUUAUUUGAAAUACUUGGACCAGACUGUCCAUCUUUUCAAAGAAGGAACACCAAUAUAUGCCCAGAAUAGCUGUAGUGUGGAAGUUGCUAAGGAUUCUAAAGACAUCAAUUUCACCUUACAUGAAGAUCCUGAAACAGAUCACUUUGCCAGUGAAACAUUUAACAUAGAAGAGUUGUGUAAACCUUUUACGGUUAAAGCUACUAUACAACACUCCAAAAUUAUGUUGCAAGUUGAAUAAGAAAUUAACUUAAUAAAUAUUAUUUCUUUUUAA